CUUUGCAGCGUGUUCCUGGUCCGGCCCCGCGCGGAGCCGCCGGGGCCAGUGGGUUUUUAUUUCCUGGAGCUCAUCCAUCGGUGACGUUGUGACAUACGAUGAAUGUGUCGGUCCUAAUAAAAUCAAACAAACACGUACAGGCUUCCACACAUCCUUCUCCCGGGGAACCUGGGGAGGUGCUGAGCUCUUCCCUGUGGAUGUUCCCAUCAGGCAUCGUUAUUGAAGAAGUUGCUGAUUUUUUUUUACGUGGGGUGAGCACCGCCAGAGGCGGUUGCUUUCCCCACAGAGGUUCUCAGAAUCCUUGGAGAAGUGAGGAUCGCUGCCAGUCUGGAAGUUGGCAUCGCCUUUGGAUGCGGUUGAGCGCUGAGACGGUGGAGUGAGGAAGGGGAGGAGGUCACCAAUGGGUUGCCAACCCACCCUCCCUGCUCCCAGUCUACAAAAUAGAGGGAGAACAAGCAGUGUCUAAUCUCCACUGGGGCUUCGAGGUCUGACCCUGCUCUGAUCGAGGACCGGGAUAACCCUGGCUGAGCCGGGGAGGAUCUACCCGGGGCUCCCGAAAACCAGGUGUCUCCUUGGCCGUGCUGGAGGUGCAUGUGGGGACGAGCUUGGUGUUCUCUGUGGAGGGGCAGCAGGCGGUGUUGCCUGCCUGGUACACCAGCAACUCCCUGAACAAGCCCUACGUCACCUGGAUGCUGAACAAGAAUGCUGGUCCCUUCCAGGUCCUGUCAUACCUGGGCGGGGUGCCGAAGGUGGAGGAGACAGAUCUGAAGCCCCGCGUGGGGUUCCUGUACUCCAUUGUCACCCACAACAUCUCGAUUUUGAUCAACGACACCCGGGAGCAAGACUCGGGUCAGUACAUGUGCACUGUCAACGUGGUGGAUGACACCAUCAGGUUGGAAAAGAACGUCGGCAUCAUCAACCUCACUGUCCUGGUGCUGCCGGCCACCCCCACCUGCCAGCUGCACGGCAACGCCGUCGUGGGGGCCAACGUGACCCUGAGCUGCUCCUCCAAGAAGGGGAAGCCCUCGCCCAUGUACCAGUGGCAGCGCGAGUCCCCCACCCUGCAGGUCUUCUUUCCCCCUGCCCAGGACCGGGCCAGGGGCACCCUCAAGCUGACCAACCUCUCCCUUGAAAUGUCGGGGGUCUACGUCUGCAGGGCUGAAAACCAAGCGGGUUCUAAGAACUGCAGCAUCGUCCUGGAGGUACACUCAACAAGCACCAAAGCAGUCAUUGCCGGCGCCGUGCUGGGCUCCCUGGGUGCCCUUGCCACCAUCAUCUUCUUUGCCCAGAAAGUCGUCAGCUACAGGAGGAAAAAACGUGACAGCCAGGAGGAGGGACCCAACGAGAUCAAGGAAGACGCCAUGGCACCCAAAACCCCGUCGUGGGCAAGGAGCCCAGCUUCAGACACCAUGUCCAAAACCAGCACCCUGUCCUCCAUCGCCGGCACCCGGCAACCCUACGGAGCCAGACCCCCCUCCGACACCGCCUCCAUCCUCACCACCACCGGCAGCUACCGGGGACCCCCAGCCCGGGGAGGGGGGCGGCCCCCCAACCCCUCACCCCCCGCCGUUAAUGGGACCCCCCGGCGCCGCCAGGAUCCAGCUGCCACCCCGGGCUCACUGCCCCCCUCCAGCCUGGCACGAGCAGGUGCUGUCCCUGUCAUGGUGCCUGCGCAGAGCCGAGCUGGCUCCUUGGUGUGAGCACCCCUCCCAAAAGACAGGGGUGCCCAUAGCCAGCCCACCCCACUCCCUGUUUCCUGGGGUGGUUUUGUCCCUUUUUGGGUUUCCUUUUCUUUUUAACAGAUGCCUCGAGCAGCUGGACUCAUCGUGGGCCUGUUUAAUGGGUGCAGGGGCUCGCUGGGUUUGGAGGGACUGAGUCUCCCCAUAAAUAUCACCCCCCAAACCAGCCCCAGCCCCACCUCAGGGGGUCCCCUUCUUCUUAUUUUUUUUCUAUAUCUAUAUAUCAGGUGAGCUGAGGGAUUCUUCAUAAAAGAGCAUUAAAAGUGGGGGGUGGGGUGAUGGGGACGCACACACACACACACACUUUUUUUAGGGGUUUUCUGAUUAAAAGCUGCUGCACUGCCCAGCA